AUGCAAUUACACUUUCUGGCAUUUCUUUGCGCGAUUGUCGGUGCUGUUGCGGCGGUACAGUUUGAAAUCGCGGCGUUUCCGAGCCCAGAGCCUGUUUGCAUUCGCGACUUCGUGAGCGAAGGUCAACUGGUCCUAGUGAAUAUCAAGACGGAUGGAUCGGUUGGGGAUGGCCAGGUGCUGAGUGUGGUGGUCAGAGACAAUGUCGGGCACGAAUAUCGCAGAAUGAAAAAUAUUGCAGGUCCCGUCAAAAUUGCAUUUACAGCGUCUUCGAGUGCUGCAUUUGACGUUUGUUUUGAGAACCAGGUGCAGAGUCGUGGCCGUGCAUUGAGCAGAAAAGUGGAACUCGACAUAGAAUCGGGAUCGGAGGCCCGUGACUGGAGCCAAAUCCAGAGUUUGGAGAAACUGAAACCCGUGGAGGUCGAAUUACGCAGAAUUGAAGAACUCACCGACGAAAUCGUGGACGAACUAACGUAUUUGAAAGCCAGAGAAGAAAGACUAAGAGAUACAAAUGAAUCGACCAACAGAAGGGUCAGAAACUUUUCGGUUCUCAUGAUUUGUGUGCUGCUGGGCUUGGGAGCGUGGCAGAUCAAUUAUCUACACAACUACUUCAAAUCUAAGCACAUUAUCUAG